CUUGCCCAAAGACCAUACGAAGGCCUUGCCCAGUCACACCGCCUCUCCCCUCAUCACAGAACAUUGGGAGCUUCUGCAGAGACAACCCGGGUCGAAGCGUCACUGAAGGAGUAAUGCAGAGGCCGAGUGGCUGCUUGUCAAUCCACAAUUUGCAAGACCACAAGUCGAUUCCUCCACUUGCCUGACACCAUGCCAUUUUCCCACCACAGUCAUUCGGGACAAUUCUGUCCCGGCCAUGCAAGGGACUCUCUUGAAGAUGUCAUCUUGACUGCUAUCUCGAAAAAGAUGCAAGUGUUUGCCUUGACAGAGCACAUGCCUCGUCAUGACCGGGACAGGUAUCCGGAGGAAAUUGAGGCCGGCGUGACUUUUGACUGGCAAUUGAGCAAUGAGCGGGCGUAUGUUGCCGAAGCGAACAGACUACGAGCAAAGUAUCAUUCUCAGAUUUCACUCCCACUCGGUUUUGAGUGUGACUGGAUCCGACCGGAGUCACUUGAGCUCAUCAACCAAAGCAUCGAGACCUACCCAUAUGAAUUCUUCGUCGGAUCUGUCCACCAUGUGCACACUGUCCCCAUUGAUUAUGAUAGACCAAUGUAUGAACAGGCGCGUGAUAUCGCCGGUGGGACAGAUGAGCAGCUCUUUGCCGACUAUUUUGACGCCCAACUGGCCAUGUUGCAGGCGGUGAAGCCGCCGGUGGUGGGUCAUUUCGAUCUGAUUCGUCUCAAGAGUGAUCAUCCCAAUGCAAGAUUUGACAGCAUGCAAGGCAUCUGGACCCGUAUCCUCCGCAACUUGGACUUUAUUGCAUCUUAUCAGGGAGUCAUGGAGGUAAACACGGCCGCUUUGCGGAAAGGUCUUGAUGAGCCGUAUCCGACGAAAGCAAUAUGCCAGGCUGCCCUAGAAAGAGGCAUACAGUUUUGUCUGUCCGACGACAGCCAUGGCAUGGACCAGCUGGGUACCAAUUACGGACGGGUCAUGCCUUUCCUCGAGGAAGUCGGCAUCACGUCCUUGACCUUCCUGCAGUGUGCUGAAGGUACAGGAACAAAACGGUUUGACCGAUUUCCUGGGCUCGGUCUGGCUCAGGUAGAGCUUAGCCAAGUACGUGACCUUGAUUUCUUCAGAGCCGAUCAUGGACACACGGGUUGAGCACCAGGCUCUGGUUGGCGCACCCUCCCGUACUGCGAACACUCCAUGCGAAGGGGGAUGUGUUUACCUCGUUUCUUUGAUCAGCCUCGAUCACCUCGAUCUACGAGCUACGACGGGAUUGUAUCCACUUGGCAUACUCACCCCGUCUGGCCCCCACCGCAUUCUCAGCCUGAAAGAUGAAUGAGCGCUGCACCAUUGACCAAUUGUCUACGAGACGAUUCGCCGUCUGGCGUGUUGUGCGAGGGCAUCGCUCAGUGGGCUCUCAGAAUCUGGAUCGCACGACUUGUUGAGCGGCUGGCACGGCUGAGCCAGCACAUCUGGAUGAAUAUCCUGCAAUAGUGGCAUGGUGUUGCAUGGGCGUGCAGAUUGACCCACCCACUUCCAUUGCAGACUCAAGGGUAUUGGUUACAGGACAGACGAGUCCAUGCGAGAGACUGCGCUAGACGCGAUUCUGGUUAAUACAUCGAGGCUCGGCUGGGUUGUGAGAGAAAGGGUGAAGAUCUCCCUGAAAAUACAGCCCUCGACUAUGCGCGUGUACAGUAAGCCCAAGCUUCCGUGUAUAAUGUGGUCAGAGGGUGACGGCACUUUCCUGCAGCCGUCGCGGUAUGCUGGUCAUGUUCAGGUUGGUUCGAGCAGAGUCGGCGUAGAAUGUUGGCGUUGGUAAUGCAAGCCAGGCGGAGAUCGUUGUACAGAAACCAACCACUGCGAUCAUGUUAUUUUAGGAGUGCAUGUUAAGAGCAAUUCCAAGACGGCCCAAGGUUGUGAUGGGUCGAUUAUGGUGUGCGGAGAAGAGCUCAACACGGGCAAACAUGUGGAGCAGCUUUUGCAAGUAAUGGAGCUCCACUGAAGUGGUACAGAACGUCGAUCCGAAGAGAAGAGGAGCCGUGGCCGGGGUCGCUCUCUGACUGGAUACCGACAGAAUUUUAGGUCGGCGGAAGCAUCCCUGACCUGGUGGUGCCUCCAAGUUCUGGGAGCCGGAUGUUGAUGUCUCAUCCGAAGCCGUCAUCGAGAGAUCCGUAAAGUCUCGUCGACAUCCCGCGGUUGGCAGGGGGAACUGCACGUUCAGGUUGUAGAUACUGGGCGAUUGAGGUUUGAACGCACAAGACAGCUGCAGCGCGACAGGACAGCUCACCCAUCUCGCCAACGAACACAUCUGACGAGAGUUGCCGCUCCUGGAAGAUGCCUCGAUCAUCCAUGCAAGCCAUCCCAAUAUUGUAGGAUCCUCUCCUGGAUGGGCACGUAAUGGUGGACCUUCUCGCUUGCCGAUGGGUCCCCGGACAGAAGAUUACCGAGACAUGCUGAAUGAUCCCCGAGCAAGGGGCCACCGGCCGAAAUUGGUCAAGGCUUGGUCUGGAGUCAAAACGACAAUGAAAUAGGCAGAUACCGAGAUUUGUUAGGGGCUAAUUUUGUUGCUGUGGGUAGGAAAAGCGAAACAACCGUACGGCGGGCGGUCGCUUGGAUGUGUCAGAUUGCGUCAAUAUGGCUCGACGUUCUUACGAUUGUAGGUGUCCAGUGGUACAAGGCAAGCAGGAGGAAACGGCGCAAUCUGUUCCGCGCAUGAUACGUUGCAG